CCGAGUUUUUCCGUGCCGUGGAAGGCUGGAGCGCAAGUGCGGAACAUCUCCUUGAUAUGGAGACGCGUUGCCUGCUCUUGAUCGUCAUCGGCUUGUCCUCGGCUGCCGGCGAGUUCUACAGUUCCAUAGGUCACAUGACGGAUCUGCUGUACACUGAGCACGACCUGGUGGCCUCGCUGGAGGAUUACAUCCAAGCCGCGGAGACAAAACUGGAGCAGAUCAAAAGGUGGGCUCAGAAGCUGGCUAACCUCUCGGCGUUUGCCCUGGAGGACCCCGAAGGCUUCCUGGGCCAUCCCGUCAACGCCUUUAAACUUCUGAAGCGGAUCAACAAAGAGUGGAGCGAGCUGGAGAGCCUGGUGCUCACCGACGUCUCUGACGGUUUUGUCUCCGAACUCGGCGUCAAGAGGCAGCGCUUCCCCGACAACGGAGACCUGACGGGGGCGGCCCAAGCCCUCCUGAGGCUCCAGGACACGUACGAGCUGGACACCGACACCCUCGCCAAAGGGGAGCUGCCAGGAAACUCGCGGCUCUGCAGCGGCCUGACGGUGGACGACUGCUACGACUUGGGCAUGGUGGCGUACAAGGGAAACGACUUCUACCACACCGAGCUGUGGACGUCUCAGGCUCUCCGACAGCUGGAGGAGGGCGAGACGCCCGCGACCGCGGACGCCGUCACCCUCCUGGACUACCACAGCUACUCCCUCUACAAGCAAGGAGAUCUGGAGAGAGCCAAGGAGUCCACCAAGCGGCUGCUGGAGAUCGAUCCGGGAAACGAGCGAGCCGUCAAGAACCUCAAGUACUUCGAGUUCCACCUGGAGAAACAGAAGACGGGCGAGGAGGCCCCGGAGACGGUCACGGGGAGUCAGGAUAGCUACCACGACGUGUACCAGCGGCUGUGCCGCGGCGACAGCGUGGAGCUGACGCCGGGGCGACGGAGCCGGCUGUUCUGCCGUUACCAUGACAACCGCGGCCAUCCCAGCCUCCUGAUCGCUCCCGCCAAAGAGGAAGACGUGUGGGACCUGCCGCGCAUCGUCCGCUAUCACGACGUGGCGUCGGACGGCGACAUGGAGACGGUCAAAGAGUUGGCCAGACCCAAACUCGCGCGCUCCCAAGUGAGGGACGACAAGGAGAACGUGAGCAUCACAGUUCCCGAAAGAGUCUCCCAAAACGCCUGGCUGAGCGGCCACCAGCACGCGGUGGUGGACAAGCUGGCCAAGAGGCUGGCGGCCGUCACGGGCCUGGACACGUCCACUGCAGAGGAGCUGCAGGUGGCCAACUACGGCGUCGGAGGCCAGUACGAACCACAUUUAGACUUUCAAGUGGAAUUUGUCAAUGAACCGUACGAACGGUUGGGCACAGGAAACCGGAUCGCCACAUGGCUGCUUUACAUGACUGACGUGCAGGCAGGGGGCGCCACCGUGUUCCCCGAAGUGGGCGCCGUUGUCUGGCCCAUAAAGGGGUCGGCCGUGUUCUGGUACAAUCUUUUCCUCAGCGGAGAGGGAGAUUAUCGGACCCGACACGCCGCCUGUCCCGUCCUGGUGGGGAGCAAGUGGGUGGGAAACACGUGGCUUCACGAGAGAGGUCAGGAGUUCAGACGGCGCUGUGGCCUGCAAAGUUCCAGUUGAGCAACGCGACUCGAUGGAAUGAAUUCCUACGUUUUAAGUUUUUUCAAACACUUCAACAAACGAGUCUUUUUAUACUAAUUGUACAGUUGGGCUUGAUUCGCGCCCUUUGCAUCAAAUGGCUUUUAUUUCAGGACUGUAUUCCGACUUCUAUUCUUCGCUAUUGUUCUCCAUCGCGUCGCCAAUCAGAAUAUGCAACUUGAAUGCGAUUUUAUGGCCUGCUGCGACGAGUGUUGUUCAAAUGAUUUAAAGGCAAAUAAAAGUUUUUAAACCUUA